CCUCCUGCUCGGAGCUUUCAACAGUCCAGUCAGACACUCUCGUGUGUUACUAGGCAAGAACAACAUGGCAGAGACAGCUCCAGCUCCAGCUCCGGCCGCCGCGCCGGCCAAAGCCGCCAAGAAGAAGGCACCUAGACCGAAGAAGACCGGCCCCAGCGUCGGCGAGCUCAUCCUGAAAACUGUGGCCGCAUCCAAGGAGCGGAGCGGCGUGUCUGCGGCCGCCCUCAAGAAGGCUCUGGCUGCCGGAGGCUACGAUGUGGAGAAGAACAAGUCCCGCGUCAAGACCGCCAUCAAGUCCCUGGUGGCUAAGGGCUCUCUGGUCCAGACCAAAGGGACCGGGGCCUCCGGCUCCUUCAAGAUGAGCAAGAAGGCUGCCGAACCUAAGAAGGUCAAGAAGCCGGCCAAGAAAGCCGCUCCUAAAGCCAAGAAGCCCGCAGCGGCCAAAAAGCCCAAGACAGCGGCAGCUAAGAAGCCAGCAGCCGCUAAGAAGUCUCCCAAGAAGGCUAAGAAACCCGCAGCGGCCAAGAAAGCAGCCAAGAGCCCCAAGAAGGCUGCAAAGAGCCCGAAAAAGGCCACCAAGAGCCCCAAGAAGGUGGCCAAAAAGGCCCCUGCAGCCAAGAAAGCCCCCGCAAAGAAGGCAGCCAAGCCCAAAGUCAAGAAAGCAGCAGCCAAGAAGAAGUGAGCUGUCAUCAGUCUCAUCAACAAACUACUCACAAAAAGGCUCUUUUAAGAGCCACCCACACCAGCCUUGGAGAGCAUUCUGUUAUUUAUUGUAAAAUUAUUAUUUUUUUGAAAGUAAGACCUUACAAUCAACGUCACAGGACAGGUUUUCUUUACAUCAAAAGACGAGACGAAACAAACAAAAGAAAAAAGUGUAUUUUCGACUCUUAUCACUCGUGCAUUUUUCUUACCAAGUGGGUAAUACAAAUACCAUUUACAUCAGGGUAUAUGGGAGACUCUUCAAUUCAGGGCACUCCUGGAAUUUUGAAAAAAUAAUAUUCUUUAAACUUUUUAAAGUGUUUCAAAAGGUUUUAUUAAUUAGUCUGGAACAACGAUCUUAACAUAGCUUUGAUCAUACUUCAUGAUACUUUUGAUAUUAUGAUGCUUUUUUUCAAAAUUGUCACAGCAAAAUGUCAUACCAUCACAAAACACUGAUCUUAAUACAAAAUGAUAUGACAAGCAAAUUUUUCACAAUCAUUCCAGUAAAUACAACACAUGCUCUUUAAGAAGUAUGUUCUAAAUAUUUGUAAGUACAUUUAAAAUACAUUUUAACAACAUGUUCUCUCUAACAUUUUAAUAUAUUGCCUUGUACUUUUUUGUGCA